GCGUGAACGCGAGCUUCAUGCGCGCUCUCGGCUGAAGUCGAAUGCAGCAGCCAACGAAAAAAACAAGCAAGCAGCGCCGAAGAGACAAGACGGGCACAGUUUACCUCCACAUCACAAGAUCAGAUUCUGGAGCGGAAAAUUCACGCCCUGUCGGGUCGUGUUACCGUUAAAGACGGGUUGAGGAUAUUCACGGGCAGAAACAAUAGGGCCGCUUGGACUGGAGCAGCAGGUACCUUGUCAACGGAGUUUAUCCCUGUGUCCAGAUACACAAUUGUGUGCACUGACUGCAAUUCAAGUCGGCCACGGUCAGCUAGCUACCAUAUGAGAUGCAGUGUAGACUUGGCUGGUGACUGGUCUGCAGGCUCUCCACUUCUCUUGUCCCUGGAGUCAGCCAGUUGGGGGGCAGAUUCCUGUGUUCCCCUUCUCUCAAUCUUUGUCUGGACAAAAUCAACUGCCUGCCAUUGGAGUACGCAGCUCAUCCUUGACCGUGUUGCUUGGAUCAGCACAGCUCAUCUCCUGACUGAGGAGAGCACAGCAGCUGAACUCGAUUUACUUUCUACGAACCCUGAACCCCGCCCACACUGCCCCAUCACAAUGGUGCUGUCACAACGGCAACGAGAUGAACUAAAUCGAGCGAUAGCCGAUUAUCUACGUUCCAAUGGAUAUGAAGAAGCAUAUUCCACUUUCAAGAAGGAGGCGGAAUUAGAUAAUAAUGAAGAAUUGGAUAAGAAGUAUGCCGGCCUUUUGGAAAAGAAAUGGACCUCAGUCAUUAGAUUACAAAAGAAGGUGAUGGAACUUGAAUCCAAACUGAAUGAAGCAAAAGAGGAGAUCACCCUGGGUGGGCCUGUAAGUCAGAAGCGCGACCCCAAAGAGUGGAUCCCACGCCCACCAGAAAGGUACGCGCUGAGCGGCCACCGCAGUCCAGUCACCCGCGUCAUCUUCCACCCAGUCUUCAGUGUCAUGGUGUCUGCUUCUGAGGAUGCCACAAUAAAGGUGUGGGACUACGAGACAGGAGACUUUGAACGCACACUGAAGGGCCACACGGAUUCAGUGCAGGACAUCUCUUUUGACCAGACCGGCAAAUUGCUAGCAUCCUGCUCUGCAGACAUGACUAUCAAGCUGUGGGAUUUCCAAGGCUUUGAGUGCAUCCGGACCAUGCAUGGACAUGACCACAAUGUUUCGUCUGUAGCCAUCAUGCCCAAUGGAGAUCACAUUGUUUCUGCCUCAAGAGACAAAACCAUAAAGAUGUGGGAGGUGGCAACUGGCUACUGUGUGAAGACCUUCACAGGCCACCGGGAGUGGGUCCGUAUGGUUCGGCCCAACCAGGAUGGCACACUGAUUGCCAGCUGCUCCAACGACCAAACGGUGCGCGUGUGGGUCGUGACCUCCAAAGACUGCAAGGCUGAGCUUCGGGAGCACGAACACGUGGUGGAGUGCAUCUCCUGGGCACCAGAGAGCGCCCACCCCACCAUCCAAGAUGCCACAGGCUCCGAGACUAAGAAGAGCGGUAAACCAGGCCCGUUCCUGCUGUCCGGCUCCAGAGACAAAACCAUCAAGAUGUGGGAUGUUAGCAUUGGCAUGUGCCUUAUGACACUGGUCGGCCAUGAUAACUGGGUGCGUGGAAUCCUCUUCCACCCUGGAGGCAAGUUUAUUGUGAGCUGUGCAGAUGACAAGACCUUAAGGAUCUGGGACUACAAGAACAAGCGCUGCAUGAAAACCCUGUGUGCCCAUGAACACUUUGUUACCUCUCUGGAUUUCCACAAGGCUGCUCCCUACGUGGUCACUGGGAGUGUAGAUCAAACGGUAAAAGUGUGGGAGUGUCGCUGAUUUGGACCUUGGCGGAUUGGACCACCACCCCAAUUACCCAGGCGCUCCUCUGGAUCUCCCCUCCCACCCCCUCCCCCCUCCCCCCUCCACACACCCCCCUCACCUAAACCUCAUCCGCACAUCAUCUCCGGCUGCACUUACCACCCUGGUUAUUUACCUAACGCGCUCUCUGGUCCAAUAACUAUUGUUCUUCUAUGUAAAUUAUUCCUGGAUGUAGAUUGAGCUAUUAAAUGUUACACAAAAAAGUAUUCUUGCAUGGUAAUCCAAAAUUGUAUACUGUAAAUUUGCAUAACGUCUAGAAGUACCAUAGGUUUACCACGGGGCUGGCCGUCUGUCAUGCAGCCUUACCGACCAACCGAAGGCCGAUGUUUUUGACUGGGUGUAAAAUGUAGGGCACUAAAACCCCAUAAUUUAAGAAAUGACAGUGUCUUUGUGUAAGAUUUAUUUUUUGUCUAUUUUUUUAUUUAGGAAUUUUUUUUUUCUGUAAUUUCCCUCCUUCACUGUCGUAGUCUGUUGGUGCCUAGCUUGGUGAAACUUUUAAGAGAUAAGGCUGGAAAAGCAUAUAUGAUGCGAUAAGAUUGACUGGGGCUUUGUUGUUGAAAUAAUCUCUAGCUUUAUAACAUCACUUCUCAAGAGUGCAUACAAUUUCUCUUCAUGUGGAACUAGGUAAUAUUUUAAUGGCUGUAUAUACGAAUAAUUCAAACUGUUGUCCUUGGACCUCGGGGGCUUAAAAAAACGCUUUGUACUCUUGUCAUGGUGGCACAUGAUCCACUGCUAGGCUUUAGAUACAUUAUCCCAUUUAAUGAACCUGCAGCAAGGAAUGAAAAGUUAAAAUGUAUAAAAGUGGCUUUCCCUGGGAAGAGUUCAGUGAUGAUGCCUGAUUAAUCUCCAGUACUUGACCUUGGGCGUGUCUCCCUUUUUAGGAGAUGAUUUCCUGUGACCUUGCAUGUGAGACUUUUGUUGAACUGAAGCCUCGAUCCACUUCUGGUCCUCUGCCGUCAGUUUUGACAGGGUUCGGUAUACCAUAGGAAUUAUGCAGGCCACAAACCGCAGCAUUGUGUUUUAAAAAAGAAGAAAAGAAAAAAAAAAAAGAACAAAGAAAAUUAAGAGAAAACACAAAGGCAUGAUGAGUCAAAGUGAGCCCCCUGGGUUUGAUAUCUGGGAUGUGCAAAGAUCUCUUAAUUUCUGAGGGGUGACAUAUAUGUUCUGCAUAAUAAAUAUGGUUUUGAGUAAAAAAAAUUUAAAAAAGUAAUAAAACAAAAAAAUCAGUUUUCUGUGAAAAUAUGAAAUGUAAAUUUAGCUUAAGAGAUCUGGCAAUUUUGUAUUCUCGCACUAAAGGAUGAACUGGAUGGGAAUUUAGGAUUGGUGAGGAAAUGCUAGCAGUGGAUGUGCUAAGUGAUCUGUGGAUGCUGUUUUGUCUGCAGAGGGGUCAGAUGCUGAGGUGUUUUUUUUUUUUUUAAAGCGUUCCGCACUGUAAAAAGAGGCUGUGACAGAUCCUGGAUCAGACCUCCUGUAAGGGGGAGAAUGCAAAAAGCCUGAGCAGCAAGCAUCUCUGCAGGCAAACCCUGCAGAUCAACUCACGUGUGCAAACGUCUUCGGAGUGGCUUUCUCAAACGUUCAGCUUUUGAUCUUUGUGGAGCUGUGACUGUGAGACAACUGUAAACCAGUCCAUGCUGUAGAAACAACCAUUCCACUCCCCUUGGAGGACAAAACAAAUUAAACGUCUUGCUUCUAACUGUAGCUUUCAAGGUGAUUCUUUAAUCUUGCACAUCCCUGUUUUCACCAAAUCGUUGGUCUUUUAAUGACCAAAGGCAACAUUGAAAUUUUAUGAUGUUGAUAAAUGCAUAAACCUAUAAUUUCUGAUUAGCCUUUUCAUUCCAAUGCAGUUCUUGGCUAAUAAAGAAUUCCACUGCUUAACUGAUCAUCUUA